UGGCCUUAUCCGGAUUUCCAGAGAUAUAUCAAACCAUGAAAAACAACAUGUAGAAGCAAGAAAAUGCACAGUGAAAAAAUGUCUUCAGAAGCAUGACAUUGAAUGUUCCAUGGACAAUGUCCCCAAUAUUGCCAUACUGGGUUCAGGUGGAGGCCUGAGGGCUAUGAUUGCACUGCUGGGAACACUGGAAGAGAUGCAGGAACAAUGUCUUCUGGAUACAGUGAUGUAUAUUGGUGGAGUAUCAGGUUCUACGUGGUGUAUGUCAUACGUUUAUGAAACUGAAGAAUGGAACAAACAGCUAAAAAGUUUGGAAGAUAAGUUGUGUCACAAACUGGUAAAGCCACUCCAGGACUGGAAGAAAGCCUUAAAAAGUCUGAUUGAGUCAAGUAAAGAUGACACAUACUCCUUAACUGAUUUUUGGGGUUAUGUUAUAGUUUACAUAAUAAUGCAUGAACUGGAUGAUCAUCAUCUGUCUGAUGAACAGAAAAUUUGUAAGAAUGGGAUAGUGCCUUACCCAAUCUAUGCAGCAGUGGAUUCAACCAAAUUAGAUGCUGCUGCAAGUGAAAUCCACUCAGAUAUCUGGUUUGAAUUUACACCACAUGAGGUUGGAUUCUUUAACCCUGGAGCAUUUGUGGAUGGGACUCUCCUUGGAAGCAAGUUUGAGAAUGACAAACUGAAGGAAAAGAAGAAUGAAAAGAAAAUGUCUUAUCUAAGAGGAUUAUGGGGAAGUGCUAUUGCAAAUUUCAAAGAAGACAUGAGAGUUUUAAUAGAUAUCAUUAAGAAGAUGAUUUCUCAUUAUCUAGCAUCAGAAUACAGAUGUACCUGUGACUAUUGUAAAGUUGCUUUAGAGAUAACACAUUUCUCUCAGCAUAUUAUGGAAAGCCAAGCAUGUAUUAUGGAAACUAAAACAUAUGCAGAUGCUAAGAAGCAUAUCACAAACAUUAUUGAAAUCCUAGAAAACAAAGGACCCAGUGAUACCUACAACUUUUGUUGUAGCCUGAAGGAAAUCGAUUAUUCUCUAGACCCAACUGAAAGUGGAAAACAUUUUUUGAAACUGCUUGAGAUUUUACAAUUAGAAUUUACAGAUAUAUGGGAUAUCGUGAAAUUUAUGUACAAAACUAUUUGUAUCUGUAAAUGGAAAUGGGGAAACAUCUCUAACUAUACUUACAAAUGCAUUGACCUGAAGGACAAAAACAUGACUGAUAAGACAGAUAUUCAGUUGGCAGAUGCUGGCAUAGUCAUAAAUUCUGCUUACCCCCUUAUCUUGCGUCCAGAAAGAAAAGUGGAACUCAUUCUGUCUUUUGAUUUUAGUGAAGGAGAUUGUUUUGAGACUAUCAAGAAAGCAAGUCAAUACUGCAAGGAAAACAAUCUUCCCUUUCCUGAAAUUGAUGCCCUAAAUUUAGACAAGGAUAAAGAAAACCCUGAAGACUGUUACAUCUUCAGGGGCAAUGGUGGUCCAACUGUCAUGCACUUUCCACUUUUCAACAGAGUAAACUGUGCAGGUAACAUAUCUGACUGGCACAAAAGGUAUAAAACCUCCAACCUAUCUUAUUCAGAACAAGAUAUUAAAAAUCUUCUAAAAGCAGAAAAAACAAAUGUGAGAAAUAAUACUAAAAAAAUCCAGCAAAUGUUGAAAGCUGUAGCAAAUCCUUAA